UGCUGCCUCUUCUGCUGGCACUACUUCUACAGGACAUUUAUUUACCCUUUCUUCACUAGAGGCAGACCUUUCCCACUGCAAUUGCUUUUCUUUGGCAUGUUAUUCUGUAUCUAUAAUGGCUUCCUCCAGGGGUACUACCUGAUUUACUGCGCUGAAUAUCCAAACGAUUGGUGCACCGACAUCAGAUUUACAUCAGGCCUCUUCUUAUUUCUGCUGGGAAUGGGAAUCAACAUUCACAGUGAUCUCCUGCUGCGCCAGCUGAGGAAACCCGGGGAAGUCACUUAUAAGAUUCCUCAAGGAGGACUGUUCACCUAUGUUUCUGGAGCCAACUACUUUGGAGAAAUUGUGGAAUGGUUUGGUUUUGCCAUUGCAACUUGGUCUCUACCAGCCUUCGCCUUUGCCUUUUUCACUCUUUGCUGCAUUGGUCCACGUGCUUAUCACCAUCACAGGUACUAUCUCAAGACAUUUACGGACUAUCCAAAAUCAAGGAAAGCCUUGAUUCCUUUCGUUUUUUAAUUAUUGAAAUAUGGACUCUUUGUUUUGUUUUUAUAGGAUUUUUUUUCCAGUUCAUGGUUUUAAUGCUAGAUCUGACUAUUAUUAAUUGUAUAGAUGAUAUCCCAAGAUUGUAACAGACAAGAAGGUAAUUUGGAAUGGAAGUCCUUGUUUUAAUUGGAGGUGAAAUUGCAGAUAGUUAUGGGCUAAAGGACUCCACAAAAAACCUAUUUGUUUCUCAGUGCAGUUCUGUCUAUGAAAAAUAAAUACAUAACUGCAUUGACAUCAGAGAAAAAACACUGGUUAAAUAUUGUUGCAGAAAGGUAGAAGAUAAUCCCAUUACUUUGGAGGAAGUUUUCAGCACCCACUCCAAUUUAUAUCACUUCUGCAACUGCUUCCUUCUGCCUCCAUGCUGUAGCACAUGUGUCCUCACCCUGCUGGCAGUGCCCUAUGUGUUGCCACACUUGAAACCAGAGAAGGGGUCUCAUUUGCCCCCAAAAAAUUAUCCAGCCCAUUAUUUUUCAUCUAAAAGCCAUCUUAACUCCCAGAAACACAGUGCAACAAGAGGGAACUUGUGCUGGCACAAGGCUUGGAGCAGUGUGCCAUGGCACAGAGGUGAGGUGAGGUUGAUGGAGAUGGAAGCUGGCACAAUGUCUGUGUUCCUUCCUUAAGCAUUAUUUUCUUCAUUGUCAGAUGAUUAAUCUUCAGCCAUCAAGGUUUGUUUUUUAAAUGUACUUUGUUAUAGUAAUUGCAGCUCCAUUAGCAUUUCUUUUCUCUUGCAAAUCCAGAUUUUUUUUUCAGAAUAAAAUUUUUUCCACUCAAAGCCACUCAGUUGUUGUUCAUAAAAAGAUUUGAAAUGGUGAUGUAUGACAAAAAUUACAACAAAUAAAAAGCUCUGUGUUGAAGAAAAUGUUCUCUGACGCUGGCAGUACAUUUUGUCUGUGGAGAAUAUUUUCAGAUACUUUUAUUAGGAAAUGA